AUGAUCCGCCGCACCGCGCGCCUCCGGAGGGAGUUCAUCUACCGCAAGUCCCUGGAAGGGAAGGAGCGCGAGCUGUACGAGAAGAAGCGGAAGAUUCGCCAGUGCCUGGAGGAAGGCAAGGCGAUCCCGAACGAGCUCAAGCAGGACGAGGCGCGGCUGCGGAACGAGCUCGCGCUCGAGGACGUGGAGACCGCGGAGAACGGCGCGAGCGCGGACGACGAGUACAAGAACGCGAACACGCGCGACCCGAAGGUUCUCGUGACCACCUCGAGAGAUCCGUCGAGCCGCCUGACGCAGUUCGUCAAGGAGGUGAAACUGCUCAUGCCAACCGCGCAGCGCGUGAACCGAGGCGCGCAGGUCCUCCCCGACCUCGUCGAGCUGUGCCGGUCGAACGACUUCACGGACCUCGUGAUGGUGCACGAGCACCGCGGCGAGCCGGACGGGCUGGUGGUGUCGCACAUGCCGUUCGGGCCGACGGCGUACUUUGGGCUGAGCGGCACGGUGAUGCGGCACGACAUCAAAGACGAGGACAUCGGGCACGUCAGCGAGGUGAAUCCGCAUCUCAUACUCGAAAACUUCAACACGACGCUCGGGCAGCGCGUGAAGACGAUACUGCGGCAUCUGUUCCCGGCGCCGCGGACGAAGAGCAAACGCGUGAUCACGUUCGCGAACCAAAACGACUACAUAUCGAUGCGGCAUCACACGUACGAGAUGCCGAGAGGGAAGGACAGCGUGUCACUCACGGAGAUCGGCCCGCGGUUCGAGAUGAAACUGUACCAGAUCAAGCUCGGGACGAUCGACGCGGACGACGCGGACGUGGAGUGGGCGUUGCGGCCGUUCAUGCGGUCGGGGAAGAAACGACGGCUGUAG